AUCAAGUGCCAUGAUGUCAUGGUCGGCCGACGGACAAAGCGAUGGACACGUGGCAGCGCAACAAGUGAUGGAAGUACCAGGCCCAGAUGCGUAUAUGCCACAUGCUCUCCAUCUGGGCCUGGUGUCGACGGAUCCGUCCGUCGUCCUAACCGCCGAUUCGUUCCAGGCUGUGCGGACGAAAGCUCGGCACCUCGCGAUUCUUUGUGGAUUUCAGAUACGCAUGGCGAAAGGCGGUAGUAACAGACGUCGUGGGUGGCUCUGCGGCAGCGCGGACGGGUGUCCCUUUUCCAUUUUUGCCCACCGCAACAAGCGUGGUAUCCAGAUCAGGGCCAACCUCGCGCACAACCAUGCGUUCCACCUGCCACAGGACCAAGGCAAACGGUUCACGACCGCCACGACGGAGGAACUCGCAUGUUACGUCCGUCAGUCCGCCAUUUACCAGCAAUCCACCAACAUCAACAAACUCACGGGCAAACAGAUAUCCGACGCUAUCUUUGCGCACACGGGGCGUCAUGUCAAGGCUAACCGUGCCAGCGUCAUCAAGAAGCUGCUUGUCCAUCAUCCCGAGCGCGUCGUGCCUUGUGCUUCGCUGUUCCAAAAUCCCUCCACCACGUCGAUGGCCCCAACGCAUUCGGCGCCACCGUCGACCCCAUUGUUUCACCUCCUUCAACGUACUCGCAGCCUCUGCCGAUACUUCCCACUGACUCGUUCAACUCACCCGUCAAGAGCAUGGCCGAAGCCGUUUGGGACUGCUUUGUCUACAUCGCGAAUUCUCCAUGGACCAUCGAGCAUCUUGGCGUAGCUCGAGUGCGGCACAUGGUAGCAGUUUUCAAGCAAGACCGGGACACACUGCGAGCGACGCUGCUCAUGACAUGCCCACGGCACCAGGUGCUGCCGUGCCUGUCGACCAACCCGCCAAACGUGAAGCAGUUUGUCGAGCAGUAUUUGCGGCAGACGGAGCUGGGCUUCUUUUGACGAAUGCAAACAGUGUGAGGGUUUCCUGUAUUAUAUUUAACAGCUUCUAGUCGA